AAAACGGAGUGCCCUUGAAUAUUCCUGAACCCUGUCCCGUCUGUCUUACUUAUACAUAUGUGCCCUGGGCCCCUCCAUGCGCGAGCUUGUUCUCACUUACACCUGGAGCUUCCACCUGUUCACCCCUCCCCCCCUUCCCCCCUUCCUACACAAGCACUGUGAAGAGGGAUUGAGACUCAAGACUUCAUCUACCUCCUCCUUCCCUGUCCUCUUCCGCAAUGGACAGCUUACCUACACCACCCAACGAGGAACACGCUAGGCCUCAGGGGCUAAAGCGGCCUCAUGCAGCAUCCAAGUCUCUCAAGACAGCACAUCGGACCCUGAAGCGGACCAGCACCCACAGCCAUCCUCCCUCGCCGGCGCGCGAAAGUCACUCACAGCACGGCGAUGGAAGGCAUAAAAGGGUAUGGAAGGCUUGCGAAAGGUGUCGCAUGAAGAAGACGAAGUGUGACGGAGAGUUUCCGUGCAAGAGGUGUAAGGACGAUGGGUUGAUAUGCACGGCCGGGACUCGAAAGAAGACCGAGUACAAACAGCUACCGCCCGGGUACGCCGAGGUGUUGGAAAACACACAGUUCGUCCUGAUCGCCACAGUCCAGAAGCUCUACUCGAUGGUACGGAACGGAGAACCAUGGGAGCUCGGGGAGCCGGAACUAAACGACCGCGGCCAACCCGUGAUUCACAACGUCGCCGCCAAGCUCGGCUGCUUGCGGCCGAACAGCGACCUGGACCUCCCGAUCCAUUCGAUAUUCCCCGAGGACGAGGCAGGGAUGGCCGAGUUGGCUCGGCAAUUGCAGGACCACGCGGCGACAUCGACAACAGCAGGUACUACAUCGCAGGGCAGCAGCGGUAGCAGUAGGCAAGAGGCGGAAUCGAAUGGAAUCUACAACCGGACCGACCGAGCCAGCUCGUCUGCCGCGUCAGACGUCGAGCACUCGGACCUCGACCAAGAACCCGACUACCGAAAGGCCGCGUUUGGCGCCGCCAGCGCGGUCAGCAUGUCCCCUGCCAGCCUCGGCUAUCCCGACUUUGACAUAUCCCCACCACCAGCAGGGCCGUCCGACGGGUUUCCGCCUAGCCAACACUCGCCCACCCUUCCCGCACACCCCAACAACUUCCAAUGGAUGAACCGGCCGGCUUCGAUGGAUUUCACGACCCAGCAGUUAUGGAUGGCAAGCCAGGGUUUUAUGAGCACCGAGAUGAUGUCUUCUGGGGUUCUUGGCUCCAACUAUGCGACCAAGCCCGCCGGUUUCUCGUCUUCAUGUCGGAAUCCCGAGGUCAUGAUGGGGAUGGGCGAUCCCAUGAUCUUCUCCGGGUACGAAGAAGACAAGCUACGGCCACUUUUUCCGAAUUCGAACAUCUAACUAGGGUUUUGGGCUUCUGUUUACGGGGUGGGAGUUUAACGGGCUGAAUGGGCUACUUGAAACGGGCUUCUUUGAGGGUUCCGGCGGGGCGUUAUGGCACAGGCGUACGGCAGAGGAGAAGGGGUUCAACCAUGGGCAUUGGCAGCGGCUGGUUUGCGCCCUGUGGGACGGGCUGUACAAAUACGGGAAUGAUUUGGAUCGGUUGGCGAGCACUUGCGCCUCGAUGUGAGAGACCAAGCAAGCACGAGAAACGGUGGACAUAU